CCUCUAUGCCCGCCGCCCUCCUUGGGAGCCGCUAGCGCAGCGACCCGCCGCCGUCUCCUCCUCCUUCCGUUGCUGCCGCCGCCGUCGUCUCUUCCUCCUUCUCCUCUUCCUCUCUCCGCCACCAUUUCCCCACUCCCCGGCACCGGGGCGCUGAGCUAGACUAUGGGGACCAGGCUGGGGCUGAGCAGCGGCAGAGCGGGCGGCCCGGUCACCGUGUCCACUGCGGCGGGGAUGGGGGGGCUCGGCGGCUUGGUGGCUUUAUCUUGACAUGGCUCCUCUCCGUGCUGCUAGCAGCGCCGCCUCCUCUGCCCCUCCUGCGCCCGCCGGUUGCGGGUAGCGAGCGAGCCACGGCCCUGGUCUCUUGUCCGAGUCUCUCAGCCUCUUGCUUCAGUUAGGGGGAAAUUGGGGGAGGAGUUCCUUUUUUUUCUGUUUUUUUUUUUUUUCUUUGUAAGGAGAGGAGGGGGGAAUUUUUUUCCCCUGUCUUUAACCUGGUCCGACGAAUUUGCUAACCUCCAACCUUUAAAUCCCUGCUAAUCUAAUCAAACACCUCAGGGGGCAAAAUGUCCGGAGAGAGAAGGAAAAUAACCUGAUAAUUGGGGAUUUGCUUUUUGGGGGGGAAGGGUGUUUGGGAGGUUUAAAAUCACAACCUAGGCUUGUGAUUAAAAAAAAAAAAAAAACCUCGCCAAAAAAAAAAAAAUUGCCACUGAAAUCUGCUUGGCAAGGAAAGCGGAAGCAAAACUCUCCAUGUUUUCCAAGUCGUGACCAUGAAGUGAGAGGAGGAAGCGUCGCGCUACUGUGGGUGUGCCAGGUCCCGGGCACGGGCCGCCCGCUACAGCCUCUGCCGCCUUGCAUAGGGAGGCUCAAGGAGAAGCAGGGAGCAUUGGUCAUGCACAGCCUCGGCUAGCCGAGUGCUCUGCUGGCGCAGCAGCAGCAGAGAGAGAAGGAUCCCCCGGGAUCUGCAGCCCAGGGAGCCUGUGGGGCAUCGGGGGAUGUAGGGCUCUCCUGCUGGGAAGGAGUCAGGGUUUGGGGUGUCCGUUUGGGUGUUAGUCUCUAGGUGAGAUAAUACUGUCUCAACCCCUGCCCGCUUCUCAUCGGUGGCUGUCAUGCUCUGUCUUCCCUUUGGCAGCAGAAGCCUCAGGGCAGUGACGUGCCCGAUGAUGAGCAGGAUGAAGUUAGAAAUGACUCUGCUGUUUUUUCUCUUUGCUUCCCUUCAAACCAGCACUGUGUUGUCUGUAGUUGAUUUUGUUCUUGUUGGCAGAGAAAUGUCAUACCUCCCAGGAUGCGCACUCCUCCUUUGCACCCUUUUCUCUGCCGUCCACCAAGUGUAAUCGUUGCGAAGGGUAAAAAGCAGCACAGCAAUAGUGGGAAUCUGAGAAUAAUAAUCAGUAGAGUCAUGAAUCUGGCUGGGGUGAAACACAGUUUGUAAUACCAGCUUCAUUUUUUUGUAAGCAGAGCAAAAAUAACCCCCCCAUGGAUUGGGUUUGUGCCAGUUGCUUUUUAUUGUACACAUAAAUUGUGAUAAGAUUUGUUUUUUCAUUCUCGCCCACUUAUUCCUGCAGCCAAACUGUUAAAUUUUUUUUUGUUGUUGUUAAAAAUUCUUAGUUUUUUUCUUGGUUUAUGGUCAAACCUCUUGUCCAGCCAUGGCUGGGCAACUGCUUAUUUUGUUUCUUGACCCUUCCAAUAUGACAUUCCCAUAAAAUACUGCCUGAGGUGCGGUUUUGGGUUGCACUUGUGUUUUUAUCUAUUCAGUCAUAUUAGCAGGAAUAAAAUGACUUGUUUCUGUUGUACUUGAGUCUUAUGAAAAAGUGCCCAUAGUUUAGCGACAGUUUCCAAAGGCUUUAGUACCACCUAUAUAACAAAAUGGGGGACCCAAACUCCCGGAAGAAACAAGCUCUGAACAGACUUCGUGCUCAGCUUAGAAAGAAAAAAGAAUCUUUAGCUGACCAGUUUGACUUCAAGAUGUACAUUGCCUUUGUGUUCAAGGACAAGAAGAAAAAGUCAGCGCUUUUUGAAGUGUCUGAAGUGAUACCAGUCAUGACCAAUAAUUAUGAAGAAAAUAUUCUGAGAGGUGUGCGGGAUUCCAGCUAUUCUUUGGAAAGUUCCUUAGAGCUUCUGCAGAAGGAUGUAGUACAGCUUCAUGCACCCCGCUACCAGUCUAUGCGCAGGGAUGUGAUCGGCUGUACCCAGGAGAUGGACUUCAUUCUUUGGCCUCGUAAUGACAUUGAGAAGAUAGUCUGUCUCCUGUUUUCUCGGUGGAAGGGAGCUGAUGAACCCUUUAGGCCUGUUCAGGCCAAGUUUGAGUUUCAUCAUGGUGACUACGAAAAACAGUUUCUGCAUGUUCUGAGCCGAAAGGACAAGACUGGAAUUGUUGUCAACAACCCUACCCAGUCAGUGUUUCUCUUCAUUGACAGACAGCACUUGCAGACUCCAAAAAACAAAGCUACGAUCUUCAAGUUAUGCAGCAUCUGCCUGUACCUGCCACAGGAGCAGCUCACUCACUGGACGGUUGGUACCAUAGAGGAUCACCUCCGUCCUUACAUGCCAGAGUAAGGUACUGGCCAGCAAAAUGGGGAAGAUCACAGAAUGCAGCAGUGAAUUUUCACUUUCCUCACCACUUUAUUCUUUCAGGAUUUAGAAGAAAACGGACUCAUGUUCAGAACACUAUGCAUUGUGAAACUUGAUCAUCCUGGAUUUUUUUUUUGUCAUUUGUAUCUCAGAACUUUAAAAUUUUUUUAGUUGUUUUCUGCAUGGACCUUGUGAAAGAGAGGAUGCUUUGCAUACUUCUGCACUGCAUCAGCAUCUUACUAAAAUGUGAAACGAAGGGACUGUACACUGAAAUGUAUCUGAAAGCACAAGGUGAUCAUUUGUGGUGGUGUUCCCAUUUGUGCUGGUCAUGUCCCCUAACAUCUGUGUUAACCAUCAGUGUUUGGAGGGUGAGAAGUGAAUGUAAAGGGUUUAAAAGCCUUACAGCUUAGCUGUUAAUGAUUGUAUCAAAGAGCACUAUCAGAUUCAUGUUAAUGAACAGAAAAGUGGCUAUUACAAUAGGAGGUAAACGUGGGAAAGAUUUUUCUCUUCUUUUAAAGCAAGGAAAAAAAGCAUCUCAUUUAAUGUGUAGGCAUCUCUUGCCUUUUUUUUUUCUUUUGCUGGGCCAUGUAUGAGUUUACUGGCACUUUCAUUUUGGAUCUCUUUCCCCAAGUUGCUGUAUAACUGUAUGAAAGUAUUCUUUUGAGUUGGAUGCAUUUAUACAGAUGAGGCAGACCUGGAGUCUGAAGUCGCUAAAGCAGCUAAAAAUAAAAUAAAAUAAUAGCUGCAGAAACAAUGUUGGUAGAGGAUUAUUUUUUCUUGAGAGUUGAGACUUGUAGACUUGCUGGUGAACUGUGCAGGAAAUACUGGUUUCUAAAACAUUUCUUAUGGAAAACCUGUUGAGGUUUUUUCUUUUGGAAUAGACGUUAUAAAACAAUGUAAGAUAGUGUUUGGAGUGUCAAAAGUUGGUUCUGACAGAACAUUAAGAUUGUGCAAUGAUAAAAGAAAGACUACUGUAUAGUUUCGAUGACAAAGAAGGUUUUGAUUAAGGGUUGAGUACUUUACUGGAGUAAAACUGUAUAAGCCUGCUCCCUUUGGAUAAAGCUAGUGCUUACCUGUUUAAAACUUGUAUUUAGCUUUUGUUUGAAAUUGGAAAAAAAAAUUGGAACUUAAAUAAAUUAGGUGAAAGACAACUGUGUUAAUUCAUGGAAAUCCUGUGAGCUUUACCAGUGUCUUACCUUUUGACAGUGUCACAUUUGCAAGCACUAAAAAAAAAAAAAAAAAAAUAUAAACUGUAAAAC